GAGCCAUGAAGCCUACAGACUGCUUCUGGAGCUCUGGAGCCAGCCUGGUCUCCCGCUGUGCCUCUGACCAUCACGGUUCUGUCUCUUCUGUCAUAAACAGGAGCUGAGCCUGGGCCCAUCUUCUCCUUUCUCCAAGUUCCUAAGCAUGUUGGAAGUAGAAAAAAUCAGAAAGACUCCCAAGAGACAUUCACCCUCAGGCCCAGUGGGGCAGGAGCCCCCUGUGUGUGCUGACACCCUCACGACCAGACUCAGGGGCCCCAUUGCCACUGUGGCUUCCCCCUGUCCUGAAUUGAAAACCAGGGCUACCAACACCUUUCGUGGACUUGCCUGGGGUGCCAGGGUGGGCCUGCCAGAAGCUGAGGUCAAACUUGAGUUUGUAGACAUAGAAGAGAAGACUGGCAGUGGCCACAGGAAGAAGGUCAGACCCUCCGGCUCCCAAAAAGGGAGUGAGAAGGAUCUGUUCUUGCAGAGGAAGAGACCCUCCCCCCUGCCCAGGGGCUCAUUGGUCCCUUCAUCUGACCAAGUCUUCCUGGAGGAGCAGGAGGAAGGUGCCCUGGACCUGUGUGUCUGCAGUGAGAAGAAAAGCUCCUGUUCCCUGGGGAGGCUUGAUCUUCAGCCAGCUGCCUCCCGUGCAACGUGCCAGCCCAGCCGUGGGCCGAAUAAGCCAAAGGGAGACUCUAGACUCUGUGGCCUUAAGUCUGUGCUUCAGCAGAAGCCCCUUGUGCAGCCCGAGAAGAAGGUGUCCAAGAAGAAGGCACAUGGACAGAGAGAGGAGAGGGAGCCAGCAGGAAGGAAGUGGAGGGACCCGGUGCUCAGCUCUGUCCAGGCCCCUUCCACCCCGGCGCUGGUCCAGGCGGCCAGUCUGCACAGGUCAGAGGUAGGCCAGACUAGUGCGAAUGAGGAGGCAAGGCAAGCUGACAUCCUCAUAGCCCUUCUGGCCAGAGAGGUACGGCGCCUCAAGAAGUGGAAGAAGAGGCGUUUGCUGCCUGGUGUCGGAGAGAAGGCGCCCUUGCUGAGCCUCCAGAAGCCACUCUGCUUGAAGAAGCUGGUCAGAACUAUCAAAGCAGAGACCAAGGGCUGGGCUUCUCCCAGGUAUUCCCAAAGCCCUCUGGACAGCACGGGUCAGAAGCCGACGUUGGAUGUUAGACGGUUCUUUACCGUUGACUGCAAGAACAUCUGCCGUGUCACCUGCACUCUGUGUCACACCAGCAUCAGACAGGGCAGAAAUAAGGGGCAGUCCCAAACCUCAGGCCUGGUCCGUCACCUGGUGAGUAAGCACGGGUUGGAGAGGGAAAGAAGGCCGACUGCAGCCAGCCCUGGGGGGAAGCAGGCAGGGGUCGGGGAGAAUCAGAAGGACCUGCCCACAGGUGUCACUGGCCUGGUUCCUGAGGGAUUCCUGUCACCAGGAUGCGAUCCAGAUGCCUCACCUUUGGGAGACAGUGACAAUGAUGGGUGGCUGGCCCCGGGCAGGCCUGAGCAGCUGUUACUGGAUCCACCAUCCCUGCCUACUCCCACCAAAGACAAACCUGCUGCUCCCCCCAUGGCAGUCAGGGAGGACAGAGGUGGCAUAUAUGCCCCCAACCAGCCCCGAGCACAGGCCUGGAACCACAGCAUCACGGAGUUGCUUUGCAGCCUGGCAGUGCCACUCUCCUUUGUUUCGUCCCUCCCCUUUAGAAGGUUUAUGGCCCAGGUCGACCCUUGCUACCAUCUGCCACCUCGAGCCUUCUUCUCUGAUAAAGCCUUGCCUCUGCUCCACGAGGCGAUGGGCGAGCAGGUGUGUCAGGAGAUGCAGUGGGCCCAGGGCAGCCGCCUCCACCUCACUGUGUCUGUGGCAGCCCAGGAUUCGGUCAUAGACUAUGUGGCCAUCACUGCCCACUGGGGGGUGAUACAGCCGCACGCAGUGUCGGGGAGCCUGAGGAAGCGAGCCCUGCUCUGGGUCCGAGGCCUGCCCCUGGAGAGUGCUCCAGAGGACAGGCAGCAGGAGCUGCGGGAGCAGGUCAGCCUGUGGCUCAGCCGUGGCUCCCUGCAGCCAGGCUUCCUGGUCUCCAGUGGCUGUCUCAGCCUGGAGCAGGCAGUGAGGUUGGAGGGCUACACCCACGUUCCUUGCUUUGCCCACUGCCUUGACUCCCUGGUGAGGAACUUUCUGUUUCAUCAUCAUAGCAUCCAGAUCAUCCUGGGCACAGCCAGGGCCAUCUACAGCCAUUUCCAAGGCUCUGCAGAGGCCCGGCAGCUCCUCACCCAGCUGCAGCGGCAGUGUGGCCUCCCGGCUCACCAGCCCUUUGGGGAGCUCUCAGACCACUGGGUCUCCACCUACUGCUUGAUGGAGUGGCUGGUGGAGCAGCAGCAGCCACUGCAAGAGUAUGAGGAGAAACACCAACUGGGGAAGGCUGAGACGGCCCUGUCAGCUAUGUUCUGGGGCCUGACGGACAGUCUGGUUAAGCUCCUGCAGCCCUUCCAGAUGGUGUUCCGGGAAGCGAGCACGGCACAGGCGUGUUUAAGCCAGGUGCUGCCCCAACUGCGCUACCUGCAUAUCUUCCUGGAGCAGGUGCACCGGCACUUUGAGGAGCAGAGUGGCAGGGAGAUGGGUGCAGCCAUCCGGCUGGCUGAGGGCUUGGCCCUACAGCUCUCCACAGACUGCCAGCUCAAUGAGCUCUUCCACCGCGAGGAGUUCGUGCUGGCGACCCUCCUGGACCCCCGCUUUAAGGGGAAGAUUGAGGCCAUCCUGCCCGUGGGUGCCGACAUUGACCACUGGAAGCAAGUUCUCGUGUACAAAGUGAAGGAGAUUAUGGUGUCUGAAUGCUCCUUGCCUCCCUCCCCAUCCCUGCAGAGCCCCAAGGCUAUGCCUGUGGACGCCACCUUGACUGGCAGAAUAGCCCAGAGCCCUGGGGCUGAGGGGAAGGGCCAGAAGGAGCCUGUGCAGAGAGGCGGCAGCUCUGGGUCUUUGCUGCUGGGCCAAAGGGACAAGAGCUUGCUGGAGCAGCUGGAAAGUGUAGGGCUGCUAUCGUCCAAGAGGAACGGAGCCUCGCUCGUCACCGAGAACCACCUGGCCAGCGUCAUCGUCAAGAAGUAUCUGCGUGAGAACGAGACAGUUGGCACCCAGGAGGACCCCCUGGUUUACUGGGAGAAGAGGCGGGAGGUCUGGCCAGCUCUGGCAAGACUGGCCACCAUCUAUCUGUCCUGCCCCGCCACAGGCACCUUCUCUGGAAGUAUCUUUGCCUCCCUGAACAGCCCUGCCAUCCUGGAGCACAGCUCCCCUCUCCCAGUAGAGACGGUUGAGCAUCUCCUCUUCUUGAAGAGCAACCUGGAGAAUUUCCCCAACUACACUCCCCCACCCCUUAUCUUCCCCAGUGGAGACUUGGCCAAGGAGGAGCAGGCCAGUGCGUCUGAUGUCAUGGUCUAAUGCCCUCAGUCUGCCUGUGGGACUCGGCAGUAGAUAAAAGGAGAGAGCAGAGGGUUGCAUCCUAGGCUAUUAGACGGGGGCGGGCAGAAUCUUAAACCUAUUUGGAAAGAAUGGGGUUAGUUUCUCAGUUCUUGACAGGUUGCCGUUUCUUUUUCAGGGAGAUGUCAUUUUCCAUCCACCUUUUGCUCAAUUUAUCUCUAGUGGUAUGUGCAUAGAAAAGGUUUACUCGGUUCCUAAGUGACUGUGAGUGUACUGUGUAGUUCUAUAAAUGGUAAUGCUCUCAGGGCCUGCCCCUGGGCUGAGUGGUUAAAGUUCGACACACUCCACUUUGUGGCCCGGCGUUCGUGGGUUCGGAUCCUGGGUAUGGGCCUGCUCCACUUAUCAGCCAUGCUGUGGAGGCCUCCCACAUACAAAAUAGAGAUUUUGUACAGAUGUUAGCUUGGGGCUGAUCUUCCUCAAGCAAAAAAACCCCAAGAGGAUUAGCAACAGAUGUUAACUCAAGGCGAAUCUUCCUCUCUCACACACACAAAAAAUGGUAAUGCUCCUUUGAAAUAUUGGUGGGCAUUAAGGGCCCUGCCUGCAACUUGUCCAUGUGUGUCAAGGGGUCCCUGCCCUGAGGAGGUCUGCUUCUCAAACAGUGGCCGGGACAAGGCAGGGUGAGGGUGCUGGCAGGCAGGGUCUGUGCUCGGCCUCCUAGAGCCUGGGUGAGCCGUGGAAGCUCUUUCAGGACUUGCUUGCACUGUAGAAAGGAAGAAACCCUAAGGGAGAGUAGCCGCUGUGCGAGGGAAGUGUGUGUGCACUCGUGCACAUGCGCACACACCAGUCUUCUGAGGGUCUGGACUUCCCCGUGGAUCCCAGAGUGGCCGGAGGACCCUGACUGAUGGACUGCCCAGCCAGCGAGGGAGACGGGGUCGAUGCGAGCUGGGACACAGUCCUCAGAUGUCGUUCUUACCAAUAGUUCGUUUCCAGACUACUGGAAUCCUUGGAGUUCCUUCCUUUCUAUGGUGAAAGCAGGCUCAGAGCGUCCCUGGCUUCCCCCGGCUCCAGGGGGCCAAGUAUUUAUCCCACCUACAGUGCCCACACCUCCCCUGUCCAUGGCCACUUUUAAAGGGCAAGUCGCCUACCUGGAAGGGAGACAGGAUGUGUAUCAGACCCACUAGUAAUCCAGAGGUCCUUCAGGGCAGAGUGCAGGACCUGAGGGCGCGGGAUCAGGGACUAUGGGUCGGGUGGGAGAAGGGGAAGGAGAAGGGGAGUGUUUGGGGCGGGCCCGCCACACUCCUCAGACAUGAGUCUCUCCCGAGGUGCCAGGACACUAGGGGAGGUGACUGACAGGCAGGCAGGUAGAGGCAGGGCAAGGCACGCAAGCCUAACUUGGACUUGGGCCUUGGCCAUAGGUGUGAGCCUAGAGGCCUGUCCCCUUGCCUCCCCUUGAGGGGUUGUCAGUCCUGUGGCACUAUGACCAGUUCACUACGGGACAUUUGGAAGUUACUGAGAAUGUAAGGACACAGGAAAAAUUAGCCAUAAUCCUUCCACUUAGCCUCUGUUAAUAGUUUGACGUAUUUUUUCUACCUCGAGAUCACUCUCUCUCUGCUGUUCAGUGUGCUGUGUUUUCAUUUUAACAGUGUAAUAAUAACUGCAUGUUCUUAAAUAAAGCUUUGUAGAGAUCCUUUGUAA